AUGCACAGCUUUUCCACACUGGCCGUCGUCGGCGGCUGGGCGCUUGCCAACGCCGUGACCGGUGCCGCCGCCGCGUCGGCCGCGCCCGCGCCCGUCAGCAACACGACCUGCGCCCAGAGCUUCUACAUCCUGAUCGCCCGCGGCUCGGGCGAGGCCAUCUUGCCGCCCGGCCAGUUCAAGUACCCCGACUACACGGGCCUCGCCGCCAAGGCCGCCCUCGACGUCCAGGCCCAGAUCCCCGGCGUCGUCGUCGGCGGCGUCGUCUACCCGGCGCUCGACCCGACGGCCCCCGGCAACAACCUGUCCACCUACGCCGCGUCCGAGGCCAACGGCACGGCCGCCAUCGCCGACGAGGUGGCUGCCUACACCAAGAAGUGCCCCGGCGUCAAGAUUGCCCUCCUGGGCUACUCGCAGGGCGCGCAGGUCGUGCAGGACGCCCUCUGCGGCGGUCUGGGCGACAAUGCCGCCUUGUCCGUCGCCGGCACCACCGGCACCACCAAGGGCUUCAAUGCGGACCCUCCCAUGCCCCAGUCGCUGGUGGAGGACAAUGUCUUUGCCAUCGCCUUGAUUGCCGACCCGACCCACAUUGCCAACACCUCCUACGACCACGGCAACAGCACGCGCAACGGCGUCUUUGCCCGCACCAACACCACCGCCUGCGACCCCUACGUCGCCAAGGGCCUCUACGGCGCCUGGUGCCAGGCCGACGACCUCUUCUGCGACAGCGGCUCCAGCGCCCUCGUCCACACCUACGAGCCGCUCACCUACGAGAACCAGGUCGCCCAGUUCCUCGUCGACCGCUGGAACAACGUCACCAAGGACGCGGCCUCCCCCUCGGCCUCGGGCUCGCCGUCCGGCACGGCGUCGGCGCCCUCGGGCACGGCCACCAAGGACGCGGCCGGCCGUGUGGCGGGCACCCUGGGCCAGCCGAUGCUGGCGGCGGCCAGUGUCCUCUUGGCGGCAUGGCUGCUGAACUAG